AAAUUUAUCCCAUUUAUGUUAGAAUGAACAAGUUUUUCUUCAUAAUUGGCUAACAUCUACUUGUAACAUUCUUAUAUUUAUUUCCUUCAAUUUAUUUUUAAGAACAAAAUUAUCUAUUUCACCAUAAAUUGAGAAAAUUGGAUUUUUCAUUUACAGAGUAGAGAGGCAACCAAUCCAAUCAAGAAAGAGAAGGCACACAGAUGGGGAGCUCGAGCGCAAUCAUCCCCAAUCCUAAUCUCAACUCUCCCCGCCGCUUUAUGACAACAAGCUCGAUUUCCAGAUUCCCCAUUCAAAGAACUGUUCCACAGUCUCACCAAACAAAGCGCGGGCGGGUCUUCUCCAUCACAAACAGAUUCGGAAGAAUAGUUUGCUCCGCCGUCGAAGAUGCGACGGAGAAACAACCAGCUGCUUCGGGCCGGGGAAGCACCGGCGGGCUUGGCUCCGCGGUUGAAGAUAAGCUUUACACCUCGAAAGGAAAUAAACUUCAAAAUAAAGAGUCAGAUGAUGGGGAAGGAAGCGCUCUCUAUGAUUUUCUUUAUCCCAGCAAAGAGCUUCUGCCAGACGAUAAAGAAAUGACCAUUUUUGAUCAUCUAGAGGAGUUGCGUCAAAGGAUAUUUGUAUCUGUGCUGGCUGUUGGUGCUGCAAUGGUGGGAUGUUUUAGCAUCUCUAAGGAACUUAUAUUGUUCCUUGAAGCUCCUGUUAGUGCACAAGGCGUCCGGUUUUUACAACUAGGCCCGGGCGAGUUUUUCUUCACUACUCUCAAGGUGUCAGGAUACUGUGGCCUCCUCCUAGGAAGCCCUGUCCUUCUCUACGAAAUCAUAGCUUUUGUUCUUCCAGGUUUGACGAAGGCUGAAAGAAGAUUCCUUGCACCCAUUGUGCUGGGAUCAUCUGUGCUUUUCUAUGCUGGGAUUGUUUUCUCCUAUUACGUUCUCACUCCCGCGGCCUUAAACUUCUUUGUAAAUUAUGCUCAAGGGGCAGUGGAAUCAUUUUGGUCCAUUGAUCAAUACUUUGAAUUCGUGCUCGUCCUCAUGUUCAGCACCGGGCUGUCUUUCCAGGUUCCAGUUGUACAACUACUUCUUGGGCAAACCGGUCUAGUUUCAGGCGAUCAAAUGUUGUCUGUUUGGAGGUACGUUGUUGUGGGGGCCGUGGUUGCAGCGGCUGUGCUCACACCAUCCACGGACCCGCUCACCCAAGUUCUUCUCGCGGGCCCACUUUUGGGACUUUACUUGGGUGGAGCGUGGGUGGUGAAGCUCUCUGGGAAAUAGAUGGGAUGUAUCAAAGGAGAAGAAGAAGAAGAAGAAGAACAUGUUUCUAAUCUAUGAGCCAAUUUUUUUGUACACUAAAAAGGUGUCCACGCCGAGUUCUCAUCACUCGUUUUUUUGCACUUCACAAUAUGUGGCGUAGACCAUACUUAUCGUUGUGCGCUUUAGACAAGUUUAGCUGUGAAAUGCUAAUAACGGGAUGGUGUAGACUUCGUGUACACCAAGCAUGAGACAUAGUAUGUAUAUAUAGAUAGCACUGUUUGAUGUAUUCAUGACUUGACUAAAGAUCGAACCCUUAUAAAAAAAAUACUCUUAGAGUGAGAAGGUCGAGUGUGAAUCUUUAGUCCACCAGAGAAGCACUCUAUGUUAUGUAUGGUUGAUUGAUUUGUUAAGAGUUUUUUAUAUAUAAUGUUUUCGAUUAAAUUUAAGAACAGUCC